CCAGGCCCGAGACCUUCUUCCCCUAUGGACGGUAUAGAUCAUGCUUAGGCCUCCCGCUGAAAGAGUGCUCGGCUUCGGGUGCAGCAAGGAUGCCAAGACUCGAUUUGUUUAGUAUACUGUAGUGCCGCUCAGCACUUGUAUCUGAAGAUCUUCAUUCCCAAAGCUAUAAAUUCUGUUCUCCCUAGAGUUCACGUCUCUUCAGUCUGGCAAAAACACUCGCGCAUCUUCGUUCGUUCUGUCAUCGUCCAAGAAUUUUUCAUUGCAAAAUCACUCAAUAUCAAUCCUCCGGAAUGCCUAUGUCUAAGCCAACGAUUGUCUUCUGCCAUGGGGCUUGGCACAGCCCCAGCUUUUUCGACAAGGUCAUCAGCAUCCUUGAGCCACAGGGCUACAAGUGCGCCACUUUUUCUUUCCCAGGCACAGGAAAUGUACCAGCAGUGAAAUCACUUGAUGAGGAUAUUGCUGCGGUCAGAUCAGUAGUUCUGAAAGAAAUCGACGCUGGAUCUGAUGUUAUCGUUUCCGCCCAUAGCUGGGGGGGUGUUCCUGCUUGCAGUGCUCUUGAUGGAUUGAGUAAGGCGGAACGACAGCGCGACGGAAAGCCAGGAGGAGUAACAAAGUUGGCCUUUGUUACAUCGUUCAUUCUUCCUGAAGAAACCAGCAUUUCGGAUGUUCUAGGUGGGCCGUUACCGGUCUGGGUCCCGGAUGCUGUGAGAAUUUAUUUACAUGUCUUUUCUGCGACGGCCAUUGCUGACCAAAAUUCACAGGACGGAAAUCUCAAAUUCCCAGACGAAGUAAACAAGGAUGUUUUCUAUCAUGAUCUUCCGUCUGCGGAGGCUGACGAGUGGGUGUCCAAACUAAGAGUUCAAUCUCUCGCAACGUUCAUGACCAAAACAAAGUCAGCAGCCUGGAAGAAAAUUCCAACAUCGUACCUGAUGUGCGAGAACGACAAACCGCUCCCUCUCGAAUUGCAAGAAUCGAUGAUAGCAACAGUCAGGAAGGAGGGUGGAGAGAUUGAGACGGAACGACUGUCCGUAUCUCACGGUCCUCACCUGGUGAUGCCUGAGAAGGUCGCGGGGUUUCUGAGAAGGGCAGCAGGCGAGAAUUUGGAAGGCGACGUAUGAUCUCAGAUUAACCCAACAUGAUAGCAAGCAGAAAAGACUCUAGAUACUGGGUAUGUGAUAAUAGAAGUGAUGAAAGCAUUUCCACGGGCUACACACAAUUCCGUGACCUGUGUGCCCAUUAGGAGGGCCUUGGCAAUUUUUGGAUUUUGACACUUGCGAGUCAAAUGAACAUGGGGAUUUAGAUUCUCCAUGGAACCGAUGCCACCGUUUGGAUAUUCAAAUCAAUGUGCACUUGAUAUGUGUCGUAUUGAUGUUGACGGUCAUUGGAGGCUGGAAAGGGACGGUAAAGGAUUCU